AUGUGGGAAGUAUGGAAGGAAAGGAAUAGAAGGACCUUUGAAGGGACUGUGUUGAAUUUGGAUAAAGUAAUUCAUUUGGUCGAGUUGUCUAUUUGGUCAAGUAUAUCGGUUUCUAAGGAAGGAUACAUUAAAUUGAAUUUUGAUGAGAGUUCAAUUGGAAACCCAAGCCCUAUUGGGAUUGGAGGAGCCUUCCAAGAUUCUGAUGGUGAUGUUUUAUUAUCUUUUGCGGGCCCUAUUGGUGUAGCUACGGCUAAUUCGACAGAAUUACUUGCGGUGCUUAAAGGUUUGGAGAUCUUUAGAGAUAGGUAUUUGGGAGCUAUUUUCUUGGUUGAAGGGGAUUAUUUUAAUGUUAUUCGCUGGUGUCGAAAAGAGCAAUUGGUCCCAUGGGAACUUCGGUCUCCUUGGCUGAAGAUUUUGGAUAUUUCUUCUUCUAUUUCUGUCUCCUUUUCCCAUAUUUAUCGUGAAACUAAUGGUAUCGCUGAUAUGCUAGCGAAGGUGGUGUGUCGCUUGCUUCUCUUUGUAUUGCCAAUGAUGUAA